CUUAAUACCAUUGUGAACGCGGCUGGUUCGAGAUGGUCUCUUGGCUUCGUCUUGCUUCUAUUAGUUGCAUGGGGUAUCUGGGGCAUCAUCAUCAACGCGACAGAUACCUGGCAGGUGGUUCUGCAGGACGUCUCGUCCCUCCAGGCCUAUUUCUCCGCAACCCUCCUCAUGCGUCAACAGAACAACAAUACCCGCGGUCUGCUAAGUCGUAUCUGCGGCUUGAUCUCCCGAAGCAAGUCCAAUGAACGGAUGAUCCGAUCCCUCACCACAGCAGAGAGAAGGACACUUGCGACCUCGACACACAAGAUCAGGGAAGACGUUCUCGAGGGGCUACACACCAAGGAGGAUGCCUUUGAUAGGUUCUCAAACAGGGUCGCUAAAAUCGUCGGCCACCUGAUCUCUCUUGGUAUAUACACUGCGGCCAUUAUCGCUUGGGUUUUCCUCGGCAUUCCCUCGCAGUUCUCAGAUACAUGGCAGCUUUGGGUCAACACUGGAACAGCUUUGGAAAUCACCUUUGUAACCAUGUUCUUGCAAAACAUCCGCAGGCAGCACGAGAUACACAUGGAAAAGACGGUCAAGAGCAUUGAUCUUCUUGAUAGGGAGCUCGAGAUGCAGCUCCGCCGCAUGACUGGAGACAUAACUCCGAACCCGACCGUUGCCAGCACCUCUCCUCCACUGUCUGGAUGGGUAAGGGCUAUCGACAUUUAUGCCUUUAUCAUUGGUGGCUCGAUCGGCCUUACAAUUUCUGCCAUUGUUCUGACCUUGUGGAUUGCGGUUGGUGAGCCGAUGAACUUCGACGACAAUUGGUUCCUUAUUAUUGGCACCUAUACUGGUCUAAUUGGUUUCAUCGACGGUUUCAUCCUCAAAAAUGUUGACUCGCGCGAGGCUCAGUUGGCAGAGAAACACUUCCGUGAGCUCCUCGACCAGGACGCAAUGAUCUUCUCGGCCAUCGGAAUUCAGAUGCCAUUGGAUACCCAGAUGAAGAAAUUGUCUCUCAACCAGCGCCUCAGCGCCGCCAUCGGUCGCGCAUGCGGCAGCUGUCUGGCCAGCUACCUCGCCAUCUUCACUGUCAUCGCCCUCCUCAUCGUCGCAACGGCGAUGCAGUGGACCGAGACUGGCCAACUUCUCUGCAAUACGCCGACCAUGAUUGUCGAGGGCUUCUUGCUGAUUCUGCUGCUGCAGGCGCACAAUAUGGAUGAUGAAAAGAGGCGC